AUGUCGUACAAAGUUAGGGGCAUGCUAAGCUUCCUAUAUAACUUAUCAUGGGGAAACCUGACCUCCGAAGGUGGUAAGAUCCAUCUCCUCUACACCUUUGCCAUAAUACUCUGUGCUGAGCACUCCAGUUUAAUCAGGAGUGUGCUGUUCCAGGGGUCGUUAUCAUUCAGAGACGUGGCUGUGGGCUUCACCCGUAAGGAGUGGCAGCAGCUGGACCCUACGCAGAGGACCCUGUACCGGGAUGUGAUGCUGGAGAACUACAGCCACCUGGUCUCCGUGGGGUGUCAAGUCACCAAACCAGCUGUGAUCUCCAGGUUGGAGCAGGGGCAAGAACCGUGGAUGAAGGAGGAAGAGAUCCUCAGAUGGAGCUUUCCAGAAGUUUUGCAAGUUGAUACCCAAGUAGAGAGACAACGGGAACACCAAAACAAACUUUUGAAGCAAGCUGCACUCCUAGACAAGAAAAAAUUGACCACAGAAGGGCAAAACGCAUGUAACACAGUCGAAAAAAACACCUGUCAGAACACAAACGUCGUUUCUUCAGGACAACAGGUCCCUAAGUGCGAGUCAUGUGGAGCAGCCUUGCCGGGUAAUGCAGGUGUUACUCCUAACGCGUACCUUGCAAGAAGGAGAUUUGAAUAUGAUGCACAGGGGAACUUAUUUCUCUAUUCUAAGCUGGAAACUCCACAUUCUGGGGCACACCCACGUGAAUGUAACCAAUGUAGAAAUGCUUUAAGCCAUGACCAAGCCCUUAAUGCUGAUCAGAGAACCGACAGUAACGAGAAACCCCACAAAUGUACCAAAUGUGGGAAAGGCUUCUCCCAUAAAUCAGAAAUCAUCACCCAUCAGAGAGUCCACAGGGAUGAGAAGUCCUCUGGAUGCAAUGACCAGGGGGAUGGCCUGAGGGAGGAGAAGGUUUGCCUCAGCAAAAAACGUCCGGGAAACCACACAGAUGAGAAACCCGGCGGAAAUGGCAAAUGCGGUAAAAGGCUCUCCCCAGAAACAAGCCUCUCCAUACCCGAGGCCAUUCUGGCUGGAGAGAAGCCUUAUAAGUGUUCAGACUGUGAGAAAAUCUUCUCCCACAAGUCACGUCUCAUCGAACACCACAGAUCCCACACGGGAGAGAAACCCUAUGGCUGCGAAGAAUGUGGGAAAUCUUUCUCCCGGAAGUCAUGCCUCAUUAUCCACUACAGAAUCCACACAGGAGAGAAGCCCUAUGGCUGCAGCCAGUGUGGGAAAGCCUUCUUCCAGAAGUCACACCUCAUCCUUCACCAGAGGACUCACACUGGAGAGAAACCCUACGAGUGCAGCGAAUGCGGGAAGGCUUUCUCCCAAAACUCCUGCCUCAUCAUACACAAGAGAACCCAUAUGGGCAAGAAGCCCUAUGAAUGCUCUGACUGUGGGAAAACGUUCUCCCAGAAGGCGAACCUCAUCAGACACCACAGAAUUCACACCAGGGAGAAACUGUACGGCUAAAGUGAGAGAGAAGUUUUCAUCAGGAAUUCCCAACACAUCUAGGAAUGAAAACCCUGUGGAUUUUGUGAACAUGGAAAAUCCUUCAGCAAGAAGUCCAAUGCCACUGUGGGCAGACCUUCCUACCAACUUGGAGAACUAGGAAAUGCUUAUUCUCUUAAAACUAAGGAUAGAAGGGUAAUGAUGCUCUAGAGAGAUCUAUUUUUAUAGGAUAAACUUAAACUUAACUAUGAAGUGUAUCUGUGUCUACAUUAACUGUGGCUAUUGAGCUGUAAGUGAAUAAUUUAAACCAUUAAUAUAACAGACUGAAUAAGCCACAGAACAAUGCCAGGGGUAUGCGGGGACUAUGUUCCUGGAGAUGCUACAUAAACAGAAUUUUAUUUUACUUAUUUUUGAACUGCAUUUGUAGUUGAACAUAAUUGUGAACUUGUAGACACAGAUACCAUAAUAUGUAGGAUGACAUCUAUCAAGAGUUUCCACACUAAAUUACACCCUUUUGUCUUUAAUAUACGUUAUAACUGGGAUUUACUACUCAACCGGAAGUCCAUACACCGUACCACACACCAUUUGGUUUUUUGUUUGCUGGCAAGUAUUACAGAGCCCCCCUGGAUCUGGAAACCAGCAAUUUCAUGACAUCCCCUGAUCUCUCUCCAUCAACUAGUUUAUAAGUCAUGUUAAAUGAGUAAGGUUGGGACUCCCUUUUCUGGCAGUAUAGUGGACCACCUAAAGUGAAAAAUGUUCCACUGUAAACCACUUGAAAUUAUGGACAAUAACAGGUGACAUUCUUUUAAAUGCAUAAUUCAGCUUGCAAGAAAAUCAGUGAGGUUUCCAGGUGCCAGUUCCAGAGGGAACUGAAAAGUGUGUGAGUUGAUGCUGUAAGCUUCCCUGUAGGUUUGUUUACCCAGAAGCUUGGGUGUUAAAAGCUAUAGGCAGAAGGCUUGGCACUGAAAUACCUCAUAAAUUGAGAAAUUUCAAAAGCCUGUACAUAUAGGGAAAGGAUGGACCAGAGAAAAACCUGCUCAUUUGCUCAGGAAGCUUGCCUGUCUUUCCCUGGACUCUGGUAGGGAAAGAAUUUACCCUGAUGAUUCACAAGCUGUGACCUGCACCUCUUACGAGUUAGAAUUGUGAAUUUGCUCUACUCAUGCCCCAGUUGAAAAACUGAACAAUUAACAUAGAAAUUUGUCCUGGUCUUUGAAGCAACUUUACAGAAGCAAACACAAACUAUUCUUGGAGAAAGACACCCUCAACCUGUGUUUCCCAGGGUUCUGACAUACAAACCCAAGAUGAGGUCAUAAUCUAGAAUUAUAAAAUGUGAAGAAAGUCAACAGACAUUUUAACAAAAUAAAAACCUCAAGUCUUUUAAGGUGAUAGAAAAAUCUGAAAUUCUAUAAAAAUGACUGUCUUGAAAAAUGAUGAAAAAAAAUCAAAACUGCAUGAAAGCAGACACAAAGAAAGAUAACUGGCUUAUUUGGAAAAAGAACCACAUAGCGUGUCUAGAAAUGAAAAAUAUAGUCACUGAAAUUUAAAACUCAACGUUAAAAUAUUCUACAUGUCAAACAGAUUAUACUCAGCUGAAGAAAAUGGGAACAGGAAGGCAGAGCCAUAAGCCAAUUCACAGAAUUCAGUAUAUAGAGAGGUGGAAAAUGUGAAAGAAUGGGGGAAGAGACAUACAAAUGAGAAGAGCAGGCACUUCCCUGGCGUCCAGUGGUUAAGACUCCAAGCUUCCACCGCAGGGGGCAGGGGUUCGAUCCCUGGUCAGGGAACUAAGAUCCUGCACGCUGCAAAGCACGGCCAAAAAUACUAAAAACAAAACAAAAAAACAGAAGAGCAAACAGGAGCUCCUUAAAGACAAAAUGAAAAAAACGGAAGAAAAGUAAAUAUUCAAAGAUGUAUUGGCUCAGAUUUAACAAAAGAUGUGCAUUAACAUGCAUAUGUGUGUGAAAUAUAUAUGUAUAUAUAUAUGCAUAUAUAGACAUGCAAUAUAUGCCUAGCUGAAUAACUAAAAAUAAGUUCACAUCUAGAUGUACUCGAUGUAUAUCCGUCCAGAGUCUAGCUAAGCUGCUCUCUAGUAUUGCUGCCUCAUCCAUCGUGUUUGGUCAGAUGGCUGCAGGAACCUUAAGCUGACACAAGCCCCUCGUGCAAGGACAUGCCCUAUAGCAGCCGCUCGGCCACAAGCAGAUGUAAGUCCCUGGAGUGACUCCCCCGCAGCCCUUGUGAUCAGUAGCUCACCUGCCUCCCAGUGCCUGUAAGCUUUACGCACCCCUUAGCCAGGACCCCCGUGAGCUUACCAAAACCCUGCUCUUUGGGUUUGGAUUGAUCAAUCUGGUCCUAACCUAGAAACCCCAGAGCACUCCCCCGUGGACCCUAAUAAAGGGAUGUGUGCCAAGUCCAGUCCCUGUCUGCACUCCGCCUUGACCCCCCCCGGGGCCCCUCCCGGUGUGCUGUGUGCUUGGUCCAGGCCCUGUGAGUAAUAAACUUGCCGAUUUCGA